CAUGCCUGGCUAAUUUUUGUAUUUUUAGUAGAGAUGGGGUUUCACCAUGUAGAGUGGUCUCGCACUCCUGACCUCAGGUGAUCCACCGGCCACAGCCUCCAAAAGUGCUGAGAUUACAGGUGUGAGCCACCGCACCCGGCUCCAGUGUUCUUCAUUUUAAGGACCCUGUGAUUACAUAAGGUUCAUCUGGAUAAGCUUUUCAUCUUAAAUCAAUCACAUCUAAAAACUUCCUUUUAUAAUGGAAAGUGUUACAGGUUCCAGGAAUUAAGAUGAGGACAUUUUUGGUGGGCCAUUAUUCUGCCUUAUUCUACCACCACCACUACAAAAGCCUCAGAUUUGUCAUCUUGGCUCACUGCAACCUCCACCUCAUGGAUUCAAGCAAUUCUCUAAUUUCAGCCUUCAGAGUAGUUGGGAUUACAGGGGCCUGUCACCACACCCAGCGAAUUUUUAUAUUUUUAGUAGAGACAGGGUUUCACCAUGUUGGCCAGGAUGGUCUCAAACUCCUGACCUCAAGUGAUCUGCCCACCUGGAUCUUUUAAAGUGCUCGAUUACAGGCAUGAGCCACUGCACCCAGCCACUGUUUCUUUAGUAUGCUUCUUUUCCCACUGUCAUUAUCUAUUUCAGACUUCCAUCCCUCACUUUGCAUAAACUCUUAACAGAUGACUUUACCUCCAACUUUAUAGAAAAAAUAGAAGCCAUCAGACGGGAAUGAACUCAGCUGCCUGCCACCAAACCAAAACUACUGACACGGCCACAUCUACCUGUGUAGAACAGAACAACAUAGUUGUAGGUGAAGCAGUCUGCCCUACACUAGAGAUGGACCUCUCUACACCUAUUGUUUUCACUUUCCUUCCUGUUAUACUGAAGAAGGUGUCCUUCCUAUCCUUGGCCAAUAUCAUCUUUCAUCCACUCAGUUAUCCUUCCCAGGUUAUCAUUUCUCUUUUCAGUAGCUUCAAACUACCCCUCAUUUUUUUUGAGACAGGGUUUCACCAUGUUGCCCAGGCUGGACUCAAACUCCUGGGCUCAAGUGAUCCUCCCACCUCAGCCUCCCACGUAGCUGAGACUACAGGCUUUCAUUAUUGAGCCUGGCUUCUUGUCUUCUCAUCAGCAUUGACAUACUUGGAUUUUCCUAUCUUUAAAAAGUGUUUCCUGAAUCUCACCUCCUUUUCCAGCUACUGUCUCAUCCCUCUCCUCCCACUGCAGCAAGAGUUCUUGAGAGAGUUGUCUACACCUGCUAUCUUUACUGCCUCAUCUCCCACUCCUCAGCCCAUUAGAAUGUGAAUUUACAAGGAAAUAUUGUUCUCGUUCUCCAUCUUUUAGCUUUCUCCCUUUGUCUCAUAACCAUGCCCACCAACGAGAAUGCACAUACACCUGCUGCCCGUCUUAACAGAUUCAAGAACAAGAGAAAAGACAGUACAGAAAUGAGGCGUCGCAGAAUAGAAGUUGUGGAGCUGAGGAAAGCUAAGAAGGAUGAUCAGGUGCUGAAGAGGAGAAAUGUAAGCUCAUUUCCUGAUGAUGCUACUUCUCCGCUGCAGGAAAACCGCAACAACCAGGGUACUGUAAAUUGGUCUGUUGAUGAAAUCGUCAAAGGCAUAAAUAGCAACAACGUGGAAAAUCAGCUCCAAGCUACUCAAACUGCCAGGAAACUACUUUCUAGAGAAAAACAGCCCCCCAUAGACAACAUAAUCCAGGCUGGUUUGAUUCCAAAAUUUGUGUCCUUCUUGGGCAGAACUGAUUGUAGUCCCAUUCAGUUUGAAUCUGCUUGGGCACUCACUAACAUUGCUUCUGGGACAUCAGAACAAACCAAGGCUGUGGUAGAUGGAGGUGCCAUCCCAGCCUUCAUUUCUCUGUUGGCAUCUCCCCAUGCUCACAUCAGUGAACAAGCUGUAUGGGCUCUAGGAAACAUUGCAGGUGAUGGCUCAGUGUUCCGAGACUUGGUUAUUAAGUACGGUGCAAUUGACCCACUCUUGGCUCUUCUUGCAGUUCCUGAUAUGUCAUCUUUGGCAUGUGGUUACUUACGUAAUCUUACCUGGACACUUUCAAAUCUUUGCCGCAACAAGAAUCCUGCACCCCCGUUAGAUGCUGUUGAGCAGAUUCUUCCUACCUUAGUUCGGCUCCUGCAUCAUGAUGAUCCAGAAGUAUUAGCAGAUACCUGCUGGGCUAUUUCCUACCUUACUGAUGGUCCAAAUGAACGAAUUGACAUGGUCGUGAAAACAGGAGUUGUGCUCCAACUUGUGAAGCUUCUAGGAGCUUCUGAAUUGCCAAUUGUGACUCCUGCACUACGAGCCAUAGGGAAUAUUGUGACUGGUACAGAUGAACAGACUCAGGUUGUGACCGAUGCAGGAGCGCUUGCCAUCUUUCCCAGCCUGCUCACCAACCCCAAAACUAACAUUCAGAAGGAAGCUACAUGGACAAUGUCAAACAUCACGGCUGGCCGUCAGGACCAGAUACAGCAAGUUGUGAAUCACGGAUUAGUCCCAUUCCUUGUCAGUGUUCUUUCUAAGGCCGAUUUUAAGACACAAAAGGAAGCUGUAUGGGCUGUGACCAACUAUACCAGUGGUGGAACAGUUGAACAGAUUGUGUACCUUGUUCAUUGUGGCGUAAUAGAACCAUUGAUGAACCUCUUAACUGCAAAAGAUACCAAGAUUAUUCUGGUUAUCCUGGAUGCCAUUUCAAAUAUCUUUCAGGCUGCUGAGAAACUAGGUGAAAAUGAGAAUCUUAGUAUAAUGAUUGAAGGAUGUGGAGGCUUAGACAAAAUUGAAGCUCUACAAAACCAUGAAAAUGAGUCUGUGUAUAAGCCUUCAUUAAACUUAAUUGAGAAGUAUUUCUCUGUAGAGGAAGAGGAAGAUCAAAAUGUUGUACCAGAAACUACCUCUGAAGGCUAUACCUUCCAAGUUCAGGAUGGGACUCCUGGGACCUUUAACUUUUAGAUCAUGUAGCUGAGGUAUAAAUUUGUUGUGUACUAUGUUUGGUAUUUUGUCUUCCUGUUUCUCUACGAAGAACUCUUUCUAAAUGUGGUUUAUUAUUGUAGCACUUUUUACACUGAAACUAUACUUGAACAGUUCCAACUGUACAUACUGUAUGAAGCUUGUCCUCUGGCUACAUUUCUUAUUUCUAUGUGGAAUUUCAUAUCUUGCAGCCUCCUGUAAAUAAACAUUAAAACCCACCCUUUACUUCAC